AUGCGACUAUUGAAGGCGAACCCUGUCGAUCCUCCAACUAGAUUUGUUCCCCGCAUCCCGCGUUCCAUGGAAGACAGCCACUUCCUUCGUGGACACGCCUUUGAGUUCCUUAACCGCCCAACGGCUGCCUCGCAUUUGGUCGAGCCGCUCUACACUACACUACGGGCAGUUUUGAGACGAGACGAACAGAAGUCUAGCUUCCGUCUUCCCCGGCGCAACUCGCCGACCUGCUAUCCCUACAAGGGCACCUUCGCGGAUAAGUCUGCCACAGACUUCUGGUGGUUGUGUGCGCCCGUCAUGCUGUCUCUGACGACACUGUAUCCUUUCUUGCACAAUAAUGGAUGA